UAAGGAUCAGUUGAAGAAGGAAGUUUAAUUCAGAACAAAUGCAAAUGGCGGUCUGUAAGAUAUGGCUUGUUUUCAUAUGAUUUAUCUAAACGUUAGUAGCAAUGGCAAGUAAGUUAUCUAUCCACCGCGCACAGAUGCACGUGCCCAACACGUGUGCUUGGUGUAAAAGCAUACAGGACGUGAACUGGUAUUGUAAUGACUGUUUGGAGGCGUUAUGUGACCGCUGUUUUGAGGGUCAUCAACGCGCGAGAAAGACACGGAAUGAUGACGUCGUACCAAUAAAGGAGGCGAACAAACUCGGGGAAGCCGUACUCCCAGAGGUUUGUAAGACACAUCGAGGUAAAGCAUGUGACCUGUACUGUAGUAGCUGUAAGGUCGUAAUGUGUGCGAUAUGUUUUACCGAGAAACAUAAACAACACACAUUCAGAAAUAUUGAAGAGGAAAUUGACUCACAAAAACAGUACAUGCAAGAUCAAUUAACAAAAUUAAAGUCCAAGUUAGACCAUUUUGAUGAUAAUCUAUCAAAACGUCAUGAAGUGAGCAAGUCAUUCAAAGAGAGCACCGAUGUCAUUCGACAAACUGUACAAACCCAGAGACUGAAACUGAGAGCAGAGAUUGAUUCCAUAGCCGACUCAGUCUUGGUCGAGUUAUCGUCCCUGGUCGAAGAAGAAGACAAAUCUCACAAGCAGGACUGUCAAUCUCACGAAGAAAAUAUCAAAGAGAUCAAACAACUGAUCAGAGAUGUAGAACAGAACACAGAACAUAUGUCCUGUACAUCCUUGUUUGAGCUGACAGGGAGACUGAGAACCACCAUACCGCUGUAUUAUGUUACUACAAAGACCGUGUUACCUCGCCCACCUCACUUCAUGCCUGGAAAACUUAAUCCCGAUCAGUUGAAAACAAUGAUUGGUUGUCUUCAGGUCGACAAAUUGGACAAAGAAGACAUCGGGUAUAAGAAGAAAGAAGUUGACGGUAAAGAGGUUUGUCAGAUUUCUACAUUCCGAGUACCUCAGAAGAGACAAAUCAACUCAAUAUGUCCUAUUGACGACAAUCACGCAUGGAUGUCAGUAUUUGAUUCUAAUAAAUUGAUCAAAGUCAACAAUAACGGCAAGGUCACAGAGUCUAUCAAGCUUGACUUUAAUCCGUGGUGUCUGUCAGUGACCAACACAGAGCAACUACUGAUCACGCGUUGUGAUAGUUCACCGCUGAUACACAAACUAUCCAAAGGCAGACGAGUGCCCAGAUUCGCUGACAUCAGUCCGUUAGAAGCCUGGGGUAUCAGUGUCAGUGACAAUGAUGAGGUGUUCGUUACUACUCACACUACAACAAUACAGGUACUGAACAUGUCCGGGGAGAGAAUCAGACAAAUAUCGUGUGGAGGUGAUGGGCUGAGUAUUGUAUGUUUGGCAGCAGUAAACAUAGCCGUUAUCACUGGCUAUAAUUGUAUUAUUUGUAAAGAAAUGCUUGUCAUCAACAAAUCUGAUCAGAUCAUACACAAGUGGAGUGGGGAACUGGAUACUGGUCAUAAGUUAGAAGAGACAAUACAAUGUAAUAUAGCACGUGAUAGAUAUGACAGAGUGUUUGUACCAGACUACCACACUGACCAGGUAUACAUCAUCUCGGGGAAUGAGAGAAAUGCCAAGUGUCUCCUCGACAAGAAAUACGGUGUAAAACUUCCAACGGCUGUGUGUGUAGACAGGUGUGGACAUGUUUGGGUCGGCUGUAACGAUGGUUCAGUGUAUGUGAUGCAGCUAUAAACACAUUUGAUAAUAUUGAAAGGAAUAAAAGCAGGAAUCACCAUAUUCUAGUGCUGAUACAAACAUCAGUGUUCAAAUAACCUUAAAACGUCCACUGGACGUGUGUGUAGACAGGUGCGGACAUGUUUGGAUCGGAUUCUUCAAUGGUACAGUGCAUGUGAUAAAACUAUAAACAAGUGAGAAGAGUUAAAGAAUUAAGCAAAUGACAUUACAUUACAUUGGCAAUUCAAAUGAUACUAACUACACCAGAAGUAAACGAGGCAAUGUGAUGUACCACGUGAUAGAUAUGACAGAUUGUUUGUACCAGACUACACCACUAACCAGGUAUGCGUCAUCUCGGGGAAUGAGGGAAAGGCAAGUUGUCUCCUAUACGAGAAACAAGGAGUGACAGGUCCAGUUGCUGUGUGUGUAGACAGGUGUGGACAUUUUUGGAUCGGCUGUACCAAUGGAUCAGUGUUUGUGAUGCUACUAUAAACACAAAAGAUGACAUUGAAAUGAAUGAAAGUAGAGAGCAUCAUAUUCUUGUGCUGAUACAAAUAUCAUUGUUUAAAUAAUCAUAAGCCUGACGCCGCAACAUGAUUCGAACUUAUUUAUAUAGUCAGUGUAAACACAUCAACUCUACAGACUGCGCACGUUUUACUGAGAUAAUUACAUGUUUCUGUUUUCAUAUUUGAUAUUUCAUCUGUAGGAAAUUGUAAUAAGGUGUUGUUCUAUUUUUUUUCUGGAUCGGUGUGCAAUGUAUUAAUGAAUACGAAAUGUAAAUGCAUUCAAAAUAACAAAUCACAGUACAGUUACAGCUUGAGAUCUGGUUAUAUUGACAUCUUAUAUAUAGACAAUUUAGAUAAUUUUUGUAUAAUAUCAAUAUUAUGAAAUGUAAUUGCAGUUAGAAAAGAAAGUCAGCAUCAGUUUUACAUGUUAAUAUAGAUAUACAUUUUAAAUAAAAUGACAUAUCACAAUACAUUUACAGUUUGAAAACUGGUCAUAUUGACACUUGUCUUUAUGUACUGAGUGCAUAGGGACAAUUUAUGUUAAACAUUCUUUCUCUACUGCAAUAGUGAUCAGUUUCUAUAUUUUGUGUUUCUAUCGACAAAACUGUACUACUUACUAUGUAUGUUUUAUGUAUAUAUAAUUAUCAAAUAAAGACCACGAGCGACAUAUACAUUAUAAAGUUAUAAAUUUGGUAAAAUAGCAAUGUUAUGAAAUGUAAUGGCCGUUAGAAAAGAAAGUUAACAUAUAUUUAAUCCAACAUUAUUGAAGUUAAUUAAUGAAAAUCACAUGCUAAAGAAAAUCAAUAAGAUUUCAUGACACUCUAUCUGAAUAGCUAUUUCAUUAUUUUUCGUGGUGGGUAAAUGCAAUAUAUUGCUUGCAAAUAAUUUAUCCCCAGCAACUAUUAUCAUAAACCCAUACAUAUAGACAUUUUACAUGAGUUCUUACAUCUUACUAGUGUUAAGGAUGAGAUGCCUACUAUUUUAUAUUAAAUAUGCAAUUUGUAUUUGUUUGUCUCAAUUGCUGUGCUUAGAUCAUCACUGCAAAUAAAAUG